ACAGCUGCUCCUUUGGGGCCAGGAGAUGUGCCCUGGCACAAGGGCUCUGCAAAUGCCUCGAGCCAAGCCCCCGCAUCCCUCCUCUGCUUCCUCGCCGCAUGGGAAGGCUGCUCCCCACAUCGGGGUCCUCCUAUGGGGUCGCCUCUUUGUGGGGGCCGUGUCUUGCCCCCAUUUGGCCAUGCCCACACUGUGCCAAGGGCCCCGGGGCCGCCUUUGCCUCCACUUCUGCUUUCGGGGCAGCCGCCAGCCCCGGCACACAGACCCAGAGGAGCAGGACGGGGGCACCCAAGGGACCCCCCGCUAACGGGGACAGGACUUAGGGGUGCACCCCAACGGGUGCACGAAGCCCCCAGCCCUCAGUGGCCCCCGCUGGCAGCGUGACGUCCUUCCCCCCCAGGGCUCUCCGAAACCGCAGCCGUGUUUCCUGCCCGCCCCGGCGGGGAGGUGCAGGCGGGGCGCAGCCCGCGACGCCCCUCGGCUCUCACCCGGUACCGGGGCUGCCGGGCCCUCGGCGGUGACGGCCACCGGUGCUGCAGCUCGGGGUCCCACAGCGUCCCCUGGAAGAGAGCCUCCCGCAGGUGGAGGGGCCCCCAGUUUCACCUACCCUCUGCGUUCCCCCCCCCCCUCCUUCCCCAGGUGCCAUGGCGCUGUGCUGGGCCGUGCUGGUGGUGCUGGUGCUGAGCACCCUGCGGGCGUGCGGGGCCGGAUCCCCGGAGCAGAGGGGGCUGCAGUGGGUCUGGGGGGCAGCAGAACCAGCACCGGCCGAGCCCCUGCUGCCCUCCCGCAGGCGAAGAGCCGAUUAUGGGCAGCCCCCCCCUGGCACCACCAUGAUGCCCGAGAGCAAUGAGACCGAAUCCCUCGUGCCCGACUCGCUGCUGGGCUCCACGCUGCCUACCGGGGCUCAGCACCAACAGCAGCCUGCCCCAGCAGCUCACCACGCUGCCCGUGGACCUGGAUGAGACCGAUUCCCCCGAGCCUGACUCGCUGCUGGGCUCCACGCUGCCUCCAGGGCUCAGCACCAACAGCAGCCUUCCCUUGGAGGUCACUGCUUUGCCCAUGGACCAGGAUGAGACCGAUUCCCCCGAGCCCGACUCGCUGGGCACGGAGCCGCCGCUGGCAGCGGGCACCAACGCCAGCCUGCACCGGGAGCUGGUGCUGAGCACCGCGGACCCGCAGGAUGAGACCGACUCCCCCGACCCCGACUUGCUGCCGAGCUCCGCGCCCAGCACGGAGGCAGCACCCCAAAGUAACGGCACCGCCAUCCCCGGCUGGCCCGUGGCAUCCGGGGGGCCUGGCACCGAGGGGACCGUGGCUGGUGGCACGGAUGCCAGCUCCUCCACGGGGACCGUGGCCGGCAGCACUGAUGACAUCUCCACAGGGAGCAUGGCUGGGGGCACGGAUGCCACCCCCAUGGAGCCACGCUCAGCUCUGCCCCCAACCAGCAUCAUCCACAAAAAAGCCAGGGACCCCCCGGUGCUGUAUCACCCAGGGGAGGCCACCGCGGCUCCCUCGGACUCGAAACCCGGGGGGAAGGCGGUGGAGGAGCCCCCCGCCAUCCCCUGGGAUGACAACGCUCUGAUGAACAAGUGCCUGCUGGCCAUCCUGCUGCUGGCUCUGGUGGCCGCCUCCUUCAUGGUGUGCACGGCGGUGCUGGCCGCCCUGCUCUGCCGCCGGGCCCGCACGGCUCGCCACCAGCUCAGCCCCACCGAAAUGGUUUGCAUCUCCUCCCUGCUGCCUGACGGCGAGGCCCCUGCCGCCAACGGCCCCCGGCUGGGCCCCCACCGGCACCGCAAGCUGCUGGCCGAUGGCAGCUCCGAAGCCGAUGGUGACAACCUGACGCUCAGCAGCUUCCUCCCCGAGCACCCCUGAGCCGGGGGCUUCGCGGCCCCCGCAAAGCAGAAGCAGCUGGAACGGACUCGGUCACCCCAUUAAAGCGCCUCUCCUGCCCGGA